GUUAUGCUGGAUCUAACAGUAAAAUCGUGUUCUGGCGACAUGGCGGAACCGCAUGCGAAGACGGCGGGCAUUCCGCUCCAGUACGCCAACAGCGGCGCGUCAUCGGCACCCGUCAACCCCACGGAGGAGUCCUUGGCCGCGUUCAAGGACAUCAAGAUGAAGCGGAAGUUCCGCUUUGUGUUCUUCCGCAUCGACGGAUUGGCCAUAGUGGUCGACAACGCCGGCGCACCGUCGGCGACACACGUGGAGCUGUUGGCGUCACUGCCGCACGCCGACUGUCGAUACGUGAUCUACGACCACGACGUCCAACUGCCCGAUGGCCGACGCAGCUCCAAGCUGUAUUUCCUCCUGUGGUCGCCGCCCAGUGCCUCCCCCAACCACAAAAUGGGCUACGCCCAUGGCAAGAGUGCGUUCCGCGCGCAUUGCGACGGCUGUCUGGACAUCAACGCAAGCGACAUCGUCGAUGUUCAAGCCGCCCUGGGACUCGCCACAGAUGAUGACGACGACGAUGAUGAGUUUUAAUGACGCUAGGGUCUGGGGCUGGAUCGAGCUACAGUACCAUACACACUGCCAUGUCUUGGUUAUCACUCUUAUCAGUAAGUAUAAUUACUAGCAUGUUAACAUUGAGAUAGUAUACCAUUGCACAACCUCUCCCCA